AUGCUACUAAUUGGCGCUAACAACUGGACCUUGGCUGUUCCUCGCAAAAUUCGUGAGGGAAGACGCAACGAGCCCAUCGCCUCAAAAUGUACUCUCGGAUGGAGUAUUCAAGGCACAAGCAACGCCAACAGGAAUUAUUCCUUUCAUCACUGCGUUUGCAACUGGAACGACAUCGAAAAGGUAAUAAGAGAAAGCUUCAACGCAGAUCCUAUCGCACCGCGAGAGCUCUUCUCCAAAGACGACGAAAAGGCUAAAGGAAUUCUGGAGGAAACAUGCAAGAAAGUUAACGAUAUAGCUGAGGACACAAACCGUGUAUGGUACCUCCCUAUAUUUAUCGCACUAAAUCCAAACAAGCCAAAUAAAAUAAGACUAGUUUGGGACGCAGCUGCAAAGAGCCACGGCAAAUCCCUCAAUGACUUUAUGCUAAAUGGACCGGAUUAUUUAAACUCGCUAACCGAAGUCCUAAUGGCAUUCAGAGUGGGCCGUAUAGGCGUGUGCGCGGACAUCACUGAGAUGAUCCACCAACUCUACCGCCACCCCAAAGAGCUUGGUGACCCCGAGAAGGUUCUCGUUCGGAAGGCCUGUCAAAAAUGCAAAAUCGCCACAUCCAGGUCCGAAGUACCUCAAAUGGCUGCAAUACCAGCCGCCCGACUAGCCUCCUUCGAGAGACCCUUUACAUACACAGGAGUUGACUACUUUGGUCCCAUACUAGUCAACGUCGGCAGACACAAGAAAAAACUAUGGGGAGUCCUCUUUACAUGCCUGACACUGAGAGCCGUACAUAUAGAAGUGGCCUAUAAACUUGAUGUAAGCUCGUGUAUAAUGUGUCUUCGAAAUUUUAUGACACGUCGAGGGACUCCAAAAGAAAUCUUCUCCGACAACGGAACCAACUUUAAAGCAACUGAGAAGAUGGUGAAAGAAGAACUCAAAAAGAUUGACUUUGACGAAAUCACUAUAAAGUAUGAAGCGAUUAAAUGGCACUUCAACCCACCAGCGGCACCGCAUAUGGGAGGUGCUUGGGAGCGACUCGUCAGAUCAGUUAAGACUGUUUUGAAAUCAAUCUGCCCAACUAAUAACUUUAAUGACGAGACCCUUCGAACAGCCCUUAUGGAAGCAGAAAAUGUCAUCAAUUCUAGACCACUAACCUUUGUCUCUUUAGAUUCAGGCGACGAUGAAGCGCUCACCCCAAAUCAUUUACUUCUGGGAUCGACGAGCGGCUAUAAGCGCAUGGCAGAUGACAACACCGAUCUAAGGCUGCGUUGGCAACAGACUCAACUAUUCGCGGACAAGUUCUGGAGCCGCUGGGUGAAGGAAUUCACCCCAGACUUGACCAGACGUAGCAAGUGGUUCACCAAACGUCCCCCAAUAGCUGUCGGCGACAUUGUUAUAGUAGUCGACGGUCAACUUCCAAGGAACGUGUGGCCCAAAGGACGCAUCACUGAAGUAGUGACGGCCAAAGAUGGCCAAGCCAAUACCCGACGCAUUGCGUCCGUGGAAAAUUGCUUUGGCAGCUCUGGCGUUCCACUGGCCAUACAGGGUCGCGUCCUUGUCGGCGAGGGUGUCCUAACCAAGAUGUGCCGCAAGCGUCCCAAAUCCCGUCAAUUCUUUCUCUUCAACAACAUUCUUGUCUACGGCAACAUUGUGAUUGGCAAAAAGAAGUACAACAAGCAACACAUAAUGCCACUGGAGGAGGUAUCACUGGAGUCGAUAGCCACCAAUCAGCAGUAUCGCAAUGGCUGGUUCAGUACCAGUGGCAAUGGUCGCCGCAAUAAGUACGAUACCAAUUGGGCUGCAGAGAAGUGA